AAUUGAUAAUUCUUAUCAAUCUUCAUUCUAUAAUGUGAACAUAUGUUUUGAAUUUAUUGGGUACUGCAAACCUCGAAUUGAAGCCUCAUCGUGAUUGGAACACCAUGGAAUCAGACCUUGUUCAGAAACACCACUGAAUCAGAGCAUGUUCAGAAACAUCAUUUGCUGCAUGUGCUGUUAGGGUAAAAAUAUGAGCACACUAGAUGCAACCAGAGCAGAACUUGCUCUUGUGGUUCUUUAUUUGAACAAAGCUGAAGCCAGGGACAAGAUAUGCAGGGCGAUACAAUAUGGUUCAAAAUAUUUAAGUAAUGGAGAACCUGGCACAGCCCAAAAUGUGGAUAAAUCAACUAGCUUGGCACGGAAAGUGUUCCGUCUUUUUAAGUUUGUCAAUGAUCUGCAUACUCUUAUUAGUCCAGUUCCAGAUGGAACUCCGCUUCUACUUGCUUUGCUGGGAAAGUCCAAAAAUGCAUUGCUGUCAACUUUCUUGUUUCUCGAUCAAAUAGUCUGGCUCAAUAGGACAGGCAUAUAUAAGAACAAAGACCGCACAGAGGUAGUUGGCAGGAUAUCUCUUUUCUGCUGGAUGGGCUCCUCAAUCUGUACUAUGUUGGUUGAGAUCGGGGAGCUUGGAAGGCUGUCUGCAUCAAUGAAGAAGUUAGAAAAGGAUCUUAAGGGUACUGAUAAGUAUAAGAAUGAGCAAAACUGUAAUAAACUUCAAAAGUCAAAUCAGAGGUCUCUAGCCCUGAUUAAAGCAGCCAUGGAUAUUGUGGUUUCGGUUGGGUUGCUUCAACUGGCACCCAAGAAAGUCACUCCCCGUGUAACAGGAGCCUUUGGAUUUGUUAGCUCUCUCAUCUCUUGUUAUCAGGUGCCCAUAAAUUCCUACCGCCAUGAUGUAUAUUCAUAACCCCAUCCAUUUCAAUUGCACCGUUGCAUCUAUAACUUCCCUGUUUAAAAUUUUUAAUUAGUAAAAGAAACAUUAGAUUUUGAACAUAAAAAUUUAUUAAGCCAGUCAUGCCUUUUAAAAAUGAUUUUUUUUUUUAAAUUUUAGUUAUUCAAGAUAAGUAAAACAAAGAGCAAGGACCGUUAUAUUCUACUUGAUAUGCAUGAUUACUUUCUGAAAUCUAUUGUUCUAUACUUA